CCGUAACUCUAGUGUCUCGGGACAUAUGUGCUGAGAUGUUGCGCUCACGGACUCGAAAUCGGCGGACGAAACUGGGCUCGAAGCAUUUCCACUCCGGAAUGCAAAUUGAGAUAACAACCGUACCGAAGCGGUAUCCCCUUUUUGUAUUAAUUGGCUACGAACCUGUUCCUCAAAAUUUGAAAACUUGGCCUCCCGAAAUACUGGGCUAUUCGGGUGCUCAACCCGCCAAACCCCCCCAAGUCCGCAUAUAGGACAUCGAGGGAAGCCAGUGCCCUCGCGGCAUAUUUUCUAAAUCCCGAGCCCAUACAAAACGCUGAUACCUGCACACCUGUCUUUCAUCCACUUCCCUGAGAAUGUGUAGCAUCGAGCCUAAUCCCAACGUGUCUGGGAUCGGUAUACGCGUCUCUUUUUAUGUUACCAGCACUAUUAUCUCCUUGCUGCGAUUUGGGAGGGGUUAUACGGAGCUGUGCGAUGCUUUGGCUCAGGGCGCCGGUGUGAACGCGCUAGCCUUGCUGAUUGUCGCAAUUGUGCAAACCGUAUCGAAAAAACUGGAUCUCUUUCAUGCCCUUAUUAUAUCCCAUAUUAAUGGUUAUUUCGGGAUAAUAUUAUUCGUGCACCCUCUAUACUACCGCGCUCCCCCAAAGCAACUGGCUUUCUACUGGGUGACGAUAUGGAUUCUUCAGACUGUCCAUUCUGCCUGGGCGGUAUAUCUUAUGGUGAACGCUCCAAGAUUCGGGCCCGACCCAGAGUGUAAUGACAGCGUAAUCUAUCUCAUGCUCGCCUGGAAAGUUCGAGUCACCGCCCUUUGGUUCAGGGCAUUAGGGAUCGCGGUAAUAGGCGUGUCAAAUCUGGCAGCGCUGUAUGCAACGCCUUGGAUCAUCAAGUCCAUUUUUCGUUUGCUCAAGGGCUCGUUGACCCGGCAAGCGGCGCAUGAGCGGGAUCCGUCCUUCGAGCUUCCAUACUUUUCGGGGAUCAACCCACAUCCGACGUUUGACACUCCCACAACACCAUAUAUUGAUCAACAUUCAUCACAAAAUCCAGGACUACAGCCAACUCCCCAGGCCGUGGCCAAUGCUGACAAGGUUCUGCAUUUCUGUGGCGCCCUCGGGCGUCUGAUCGGUACCGCAUAUGGUGUCAUCUCGCUGGAACUCACCGUCCACUUCAAUCACGUACAACCCGGCGAGAAUGUGUGGAAUUUUGGACAGCUUGUCGCAGUAGUCAUUCUCGCUGGGAAUACCCACCAAUUUGUUCGUUUCUAUCUGAAAAAACGCGAGGAGGGGGUCCCACCAGUGACCAUCAUGGACUGAAGACCGUUAUGAUGGGUCGCAAGGCGAGGCACCAGUCUACCAUAUUCCUGGAGAUUCAUAAGAAAUGCAGGCUCUGUUAUUUAUGAAGGAUCCAUGUGCUCAACGAUUUUUUUUUUCACCUCUGCUAGCUACUGUAUCCCUCCCGACAAACUGUACCAACAGCCUUUGUCUCGCGCCC